GUUUGUGAACUGAAACCACAGUAACAGUCACUUUUCUAAGAGGCUCACAGACAUGUGGUGUUUAAUCUUGCUCUUCAUUUGUGUGGAAGGUGUGUUUGGUGAUGCAGAUGAAGUGAAGUCAGUGUCAGUGAUGGAGGGAGAUUCUGUCACUCUAAACACUGAUGUUACUGAAGUACAGAGAGAUGAUCAGAUACUGUGGAGGUUUGGAGAGACUCGAAUCGCUGAACUCUAUAAGAAGAACAUUGAUAUGUUUGGCAGUAAUAAGAUAUUUGGAGACAGACUCCAGAUAGACAGUCAAACUGGAUCUCUGACCAUCAGAAACAUCAGAUCUGAACACACUGGACUUUAUAAACUACAGAUCAUCAGUGACAGAGGAACUUCAAACAAGAGAUUCAAUGUUACUGUCUACGCUCCACUGCCCAUUCCCAUCAUUACUGGAUCCUCCCAACAAUGUUCUUCAUCAAGAUCAUCAGUGUCCAGAUGUUCAUUGGUGUGUUCAGCUGUGAAUGUGAGUCAUGUGACUCUCUCCUGGUACAAAGGAAACAGUUUAUUGUCCAGCAUCAGUGUGUCUGAUCUCAGCAUCAGUCUCUCUCUACCUCUGGAGGUGGAAUAUCAGGAUAAAAACACCUACAGCUGUGUGCUGAACAAUCCCAUCAGAAACCAGACUCAACAUCUGGACAACAUCAGUCAACUCUGUCAGACAUGUGAAGACUCCUACAUUCAUUCUGAAGGUGUGACUCCAUCGCUGAUUUAUGCUCUGGUGGGUGUCACCGCUGUUGCUCUACUCGUUUAUUACGUCAGAUACAGAAGAAAAAAGCCACCAUCACAACCUCGCUGACGCCAUUCUCUUCUGUGGACACUAGGUGGCAAUAACUCAUAAUUGUUCAAUCAGAAUCGUGGGAUGUGGGCACUUACAAAGUAAAUAAAUCAUUGCAGACGUGCUUCUUUGUAGUCUAAAAAAUAUUUAAAUAACCCCUUUAUAAACCCCUUUAAAACAAUAGAAAAACAUGCCAGUGCGAUUUACAAAUGAGGAUAAACAAGCAAGUUUUUUAAAAAAAAAAGCCAUUUACAAAAUCACUUACUCACCCUCAUGUCUAGCAGCAUGAAAGGAGCCAACAUAUUUAUAAAAUACUGUUAUCAAGAUAAGAUCUACAAGUAUGAAAUUUUAUUGACCUGUACACCUGCUGUAAUUUGUGGUUCAACAUCAAUUUCAAUUCACAGAUUAGAAAUACAUGCCCAUUUAAUCUGGAAAUAACCAGUAGGCUAGUAACAGGAAUUUUGAGCUUUGGAUAUAGAAAUUCACCACAUGAAAAACCUGUGAGUGUCAAGCGAUGUUGUAUGACGAGACAUGUAAUGACUUGCUGUGCUAUGAUACAGGACAGACAGGUAACGAUUACUGGAACGAUAGCAGAGGUUGGGCUGGAGUUUUGCAGAUUUGCACAAGCAAAAUUACCCUGAGGACCUGCAUAACUGCUUGUUAUUUCAUGGAUAUACAGCAGAAUUCAA